UGUCAUCAUGAUGAGGAAGAUAUUAACACGCAUUAACGUCACAAAUUAAGUCAUUAAAAAAAUAUUUAGAUUGAAAAAAUAGCAAGACAGAUCUGAGUGUGCAGGCAAAUAAAAAUACAUAAAGUACAUAAAAAUAGGGAAAUUACUUAGAUAGCAUAAUACGUUGAUGUGAAAGUUUUUCUUCCACGCACAUAUUUUCCCGCUACACAUAUCAUAACGAAAAUCCAAAUAAUUGUAUAAAUAAUGAAUAGCUUUUGAAAAUAAUUUGUGCAUGGAGAAUAAAAAAAUAAAACAGACUUUUAUGUUUCGCAAAGUGUAUUAAAAUAUCCCCUUUAAACAUCUCACUUUAAAUUAGGCCUCAUAUUCUGACCACAAAUAAAUCCAAACUUGACCUCGGAGUUGUGAAGAAGUGCUCUCUGGCGUAUCGACGGCGGGCUGGACGGAAUUGAACGAAAUAAAUGUUUCUGCAUUUUAAUCAAACUUAAUUCAAGAAGAAGAAAAAAAAUGCCGACGAAGGCGAAACAUGUAUGUGCUUAUGUCCGCGUGCGCGCGCUUUCCCCGUGCGUUUGAGCGUGAUAGAUGGACAGAUAGAGUGAGUGCAAGUCUGUCAGGUUGCUUUAUCCAUUAUUUACAUCAAUAACAAAUUUAUCAAGCGGCCCGAGCGACGGCUGGGAUCGGAGAUGCGGGGAGGGGUCUGCGCCGCAGAUCCCUCAAUCCUUUUGGCUGGAGAUAAGACGAGGAGGAGUGGCCGACGGGUAACCGAGAGAGCACCGAGGGGCAAUAGGGAAUCACUAAUGAGAGAGAGAGAGAGGCUCAGGAAGAGAGCGAGAGAGAGAGAGAGAAAGAGAGGGGGGGCUCAUCAUCAUCAAAGACGCGCUCGCUGACUAGAUUAGAGAGUAGCCCAGCAGAGGAGCGCCGGGCUUCAUCCAGCCACAGCGAGAGAGAUCACCGACCAUCAGCCGCGCGCGACCUCCUCUCGCCGGCCCUGUCCGUUGCAGCGCUCCGCUCCCUCCUCCGGUACACCGACUAUGGGUUGCGUCGCCAACUCCACCGGGACCGAAGUGCUCCUGCAACUGGAGGCGCUCCGCAGCGCCGCGCAACUUUCGCAACUCCUCCGUCUCUCCGAGAAAAGAAAGAUUUAUUAUAAAGCCGUCCGGGACAUUGAAGCAGGGGAGGAGCUCCUAGUGUAUAUGAAGGACGGCAUUUUCCCCGAAGGAUCCAUGGCACCCAACCUCCAAGAUGAGCAGAUGUACCGCUGCGAAGACUGCGAUGAGCUGUUCUCCUCAACACUGGAGCUGCGGCGGCACCAGAAGUAUUCAUGCUCCAGUACCGGCUCCAUCUUCGACACACUGAGAGAGGAUUUCAAACAGGAGCGGGAGGACAGCGACGAGCCCGUCCACGAAUGUAAAGACUGUGAGAAGAUUUUCCCAAAUGAGUACAGUCUGGGCCAACAUAUGAUAGUCCAUACAGAGGAGAGGGAGUACAAGUGUGACCAGUGCCCCAAAGCCUUCAACUGGAAGUCCAACCUCAUCCGUCACCAGAUGUCACAUGAUAGUGGCAAGCGCUUUGAGUGUGAAAACUGUGAUAAGGUACAGCAUACCCGACACGUGUUCACAGAUCCCAGCAACCUGCAGCGUCACAUCCGCUCGCAGCACGUGGGGGCACGUGCUCACACAUGCCCCGAGUGUGGCAAGACUUUUGCCACCUCGUCAGGCCUCAAGCAGCAUAAGCACAUCCACAGCAGUGUCAAACCCUUUAUCUGCCCUGAUGGGCUGCCUCUAUUUGCUCCCCCAGGCGAGGUGUGCCACAAAUCCUACACCCAGUUCUCCAACCUCUGCCGCCACAAGCGUAUGCAUGCUGACUGCCGUACCCAGAUCAAGUGUAAAGACUGUGGGCAGUUGUUCAGCACUACCUCCUCCCUCAACAAGCAUCGCCGCUUCUGUGAGGGCAAAAACCAUUAUGGCUCUCCAGCAGGGAUGUUCAACCCUGGCAUCCCCUUGAGCUCAAGCCCCAUCAUGGCCAAGGUCAAGUCCCAUCAUCCCCACCUUCAAGGUCUAAACCACUCAGGUCUAGGCUUCACUGACUACUUUCCCUCCCGAUCUCACCCUCAUGCUGGCUUGCCCUUCUCCCCUGGAGCUCAUGGCUUCCCAUCCCUACCUCAUGGUUUCCCAGGUAUCUUUUCCCCAUCACUGUAUCCGAGACCACCUUUAUUGCCAGCUAGCUCCUUGCUAAGGAGCCCACUGGGCGGCGGCAGUCAGGAGGUGAAAUUGCCUCGAAGUCUCCUAGAUGCCCCUCCACUGUCACUGGUUAGCUCCACAAACACCAAUGGAGGAAACAGUUUGAAUCCGCUGGAAGUCAAAGAAAAAGAGAACAAACUGGAUUUGUCUUCUGGAGAAGCCAAGCCAAGAUCUAAGAUGGUGGACUUGUCUGACGGUAGUGACCUUGAAGACGUUAAUACCACAAGUGGGACAGAUUUGGACACCACCACUGGUACUGCUUCAGGGGAUGGUUCUGACCUGGAGAGCGAUGGAGAGAGUGAACGUGAGCGAAGUGGCAAAAGAAGGAAGCCGUCUGGAGCCAUAUCAAGUCAAGAAGGCCACCAGUUAGAAGACCCAGACAGUGCGUUGAUAUCAGCUGUGUCUAGUUCUAGAAACUUUGCUUUUGAUCGUCCCUUUCAGUUUUCUGCACCAUCCCAGCACUCCUUCUUCCCUCCACCUGAUGAGCAAGCCCUCCCACCCACCCACACAAAUGCCAAUGCAGCAACAACAGAUUCCAUCAAAGCCAUCGCCUCGAUUGCUGAGAAAUACUUUGGUCCAGGUUUGAUUGGUCUCCAUCAGGAGAAGAAGAUGGGUCCAUUGCCUUACCAUUCCAUGUUUCCCUUCCAAUUUCUGCCCAACUUCCACAACUCCCUCUAUCCCUUCAGCGCUGAUCGAGGUGUCCUCAAUCCCAGCAUGUUCUUUAAAGCAGAGCCCAAGUCACCUCACGAGCAGCUGCACAAGAUGGUGUCUGGUGUACCGCGAGCUCCUGCUCCUACAGGAGAGUCACCAUUUGAUCUCACCGCAAAGACCAAGGAGACCAAGUUGGCUCAUCCGACCCCAACAAAUCCCUCAAAACCCAAAAGUAGUUCGGGGAGCAGUGGUGGACCUUUGGCAAUACCUAGCGGUGAAGAACAGCCGUUGGACCUGAGCAUUGGCGGCCGGAGCCGAGGAGGUCAUAAUGGUGUGGUGGCUGAGCCACAAAAUAGAAAGAACCACAUCUUUGGAGUUGGAAAGGGGGUCUCCAUCAAGGACGAAAUCCCAGCUGGGUUUCCACUGUCCCAUUCCCAGUCAUUGCACCACGCAGCCAUCGCCCAGCACCAGCACCAACACGCACAGCCACAUCAGCCGCCACCUCUGCACUACGCCAAGCCCUCCGCGUUCUUCAUGGACCCCAUAUACAGCAGGGUGGAGAAGAGGAAGCUACUCGACCCCGUCGGAGCUCUGAAGGAGAAAUUCCUCAGACCCUCACCGCCACUCUUUCAUCCACAGAUGUCAGCCAUGGAGAACAUGACAGAGAAGCUUGAGAGCUUUGGCGCUCUAAAACUGGAUGUGCCGCCCAAUUCGCUUCACCACGCUCACCCACUGUUCAAUUUCCGCUCACCACCACCUUCCCUCUCAGAUGCCAUCCUCCGCAAGGGCAAGGAGCGUUACUCCUGCAGGUACUGCGGGAAAAUCUUCCCUCGCUCUGCAAACCUGACCAGACACUUGCGGACACACACAGGGGAACAGCCCUACAGGUGUAAAUACUGUGACCGCUCAUUCAGCAUCUCAUCCAAUCUUCAACGCCACGUUCGCAACAUCCAUAACAAGGAAAAACCCUUCAAGUGUCACCUGUGCAACCGCUGCUUCGGUCAACAAACCAACCUCGACCGCCAUCUCAAGAAGCACGAGCAUGAGAACAUUCCUGUGAGCCAACAGUCCGGGAUGCUUUCCAACCUAGGAACCACCAUCUCCUCCCCGAACUCGGAGCCAGACAAUCAUGCACUUUUAGAUGAGAAAGAGGACUCAUACUUCUCAGAAAUCCGCAACUUCAUUUCCAACAGCGAGAUGAACCAGGCCUCCAGCUCAACGGAUAAGAGAUCAGAGCAGGCUGAGGAGGAACGCCCAUCCAGCCACUCUAAACUAGGUCUCCGGGGGCUAGAGGAGGAGGAAGAGGAAGUGGAGGGCGACGAUGAGGAGGAGGAGGAAGGCAGCCUGACAGAGAAGUCUCACGACGAGGCGCCUGAGUCCCCGUCCCCUGUCACAACAGGAGUGUAUGUGGAGGACGAGGAGGAGGAAGAGACGGAGACGGCUCCAUUAGCGAUGGGCUAUGAACACACUCGCAGGCUUAUGCAAUGAUGCUGUCUCUCUCGGAGAGCAACCCUUUGCACGCGCCCUCCCAGAGCUCCCUGGACGCUUGGCUGAGCAUGGGAGGUGGACCGUCCGAGACGAGCAGCUUUCACCCGCUCAACCACAUCUAGACCAGAGAGCGGAAAGGGCAGGAAGAGUAGGAGGAACUUUGCUUUUCGCAAACGGACAGAACGAGAGACAAGAGUGGGACACGAGUCUUGAGAAACGUGGACGCCAUACGGACGUUAUUGCGUGUCACCAAUAGAUAGAAGGAAUAGUGUUUGCGUGUGUCUGUGUGUGAAUGUGUGAGUGUAGAAGUGAGUAAAAGAGAGGAGGGAGAGAUUCUCAAAAAGAAAGCACUGCUCAGCUCCUGUUGAUGUGAAGGACAUGCUAAAUGCUUCUCAACAGCAUUGACUCUCUGCGUUACUCUGAUCCUCCCCACGUCCACGAGGCUCCCUCCAGCCCCACAGAGACCCAGCGUCGGGCUCUCAAAGACACUUACGUAUGUCUCUAAAGUCUGUGUACACCGCCGACUACAAGCACUGCAGCAUCCGCCCUGCAUUAGCACUGCAUGUCCACACGGUGUCGCUGUUUCACCGGGAACAUAGUGGGCGCGUGCACUAUCGUCUCCAGGUUUCCGCCACCAACCCCGGGCGAGUCACGUGCUGAUCUCAUUUCAGUUCGAACUGCAGAAUCAACAAUAGCGCCACACUAAAUGUUACUUGAGGGAAUACAAGUUCCAGUAGACUGUUGAUUUUUUUUUUAUGAUUACACGGAGAAUGAUGUUCAAUGUUCAAAUGUGCACAGCAACUGGUGAUUUUGAUGAGCUAUCUGGGACACUAGCCAUUGUAAUUGGUUACCCAAUUUGAUCAUGCUGAAAAUGAAUUCAAAUCAUAAUCAAAAAAUGAGGAAAGUCUUUCUCUGCUUGUUUAUUUCAUCGUCAUUUGUUAAUUUUAUUUACUUCCUCUCUUAGAUACCACAGUAUUGGUUUUUUUUUGUAGGCACCACAGUGCUAAAUUGUUAAUAUAAUUAUUUUAGAGAAGGACCAAAAUUCUAUGAUAUUGACAUAUGAUGUACAAAAUAACCUAGAUGUUCAGAGCAAGAAUGGUGUGUGCCAAAUAACCCAUAGAAAAUGUGUUGUUCUCUGACAAUCAUUUCAUUUCCAAGGGGCUUGCAUUUGCUGUCAGUUUUUUUUCUUUCUUCUUCUUCUUAUUACGCUCUUAUAUAUUUGAUUUCAGAAAUAUGUGUGUAUGUAUUUAUUGUUGGUUGUUUUGUCAUGACUGGAGGAGUAAAAAUGAAGGCAUGUCAUUUUAUACCUCCUUUCUUGAUACUGAAGGAAUGAACGCCAGAAAUUGAGAGAGAUUCAGAAUCUCUUUUAAAGCGUUAGUGUGCCAAAAUGGAAAGAACCCAUGAAAUUAAUUGUUUUUAUUUAUAGUGAAAGAUAGCUGUAGUUAGCUUUAGAUCCUAUUUGGCAAUGUAUCGUCCUGCAGUGUUUAGUUUUUUUUUCUUUUCUUGUUUCUGAUCAACAAUUUUACCCAGUAUGCUGAAUGUGUCUUGUUCAAAUUAGUAUUAUGGGGUUCAAACUUGGACAUCGUUCAUAAAUGUCAGAAAAGGGCAUUGCUUUUCCUCACAUUAUUGAAUCUGACGAGUUUCUACCACAUCAAGCUCCCGUUCCCCUCUGUUUUUCAUUUGAUAUAUGUUGCGUAAACAAUGAAUAUUCUUUUUUUAAUUAGUUGUUCUUUAUUGGUCCAAAAGUCUAAAACACUCAGUCACGUCAGAAUGAACAUCUAGUCGUCGCUGCACUGAAACGACAGAAGAGCCGGUCCUCAAUAAAAGAAAUGAAAGCAAGGUCUCCUGAAACCAAAAAAAAGGGUAAACCUAACCACAGAUAGCGUUAAAUUUAAUAUCAUAGUAUGCUGGUUUGUCCAUACAAAACGUGCAGAACAAUAUCUUCAUUUUUCCAUUCUGGACAGGGAAAGCAGAAACACUUGAUCAUGACAUAAACUUCAUAUUCCCUGAUAUUCUUCUCAGAUCAUAAUAACAUCUCAUGGGGUCUAUGGAGGGCGUGACUCGUGUGUACUGCAGAUGUGCAUUGUUGAUAAUUGUUGCCUUGGUCCUCCCUGCAUACUGGGACUCACAGAACUAGGCCUGACACUUCCCACUAGAACUUAAACCACAUGGGUCCAAGCCAUGCAUUGAUCGGGCUUAGGUCUCUAGAAGUAGAACACAGAUGCAUUUUCAGACUAGUUUCACUUUCGGAAAAGUAAGCAGCUGGAGCUCGACAUGAAGAGACAAGAACAUUCUGGAACAGAAGCACUGUAAUUUGUAUUCACAACAGCAGGUGUGAUGCUGAUGAGGACUGCUGCAUCAUCUCAUUUUUUCUAAAGACAGAAGUCUUUUUUAUAAUUCUACUGAAUGAGAUUUCAUUCAUGAUAAACACAUUGUUUUCUCAAGUCGUGGUUAUAAAAUGUAAAGGCUUGGGUUGCUAAGUUUUUAGUUUAGGUGACUAUAUGUAGUAAUUCAUGUCAUGGACUACUGUAAUAAGUACGCGCUGUGUAAAGCAAAAGAAUCGAAGGCAUUGAAGUAUUCCAUUUUGCCAACUUCAGAAAGUAUUCUGGCAGAUGGUCGCUGAAAUAUGUUUCAGCAUAAUAGAACAUGGUUGCUGUUUUCCCCCCACUGUUACAGGAGAAAGUAAAAAUAUACAUAUUGUUUCUUUUUAACUGUAUAGUAUUUUAAAGAAUGAAAAAAAAAAACAAUGGUGCAUUUGUCUGAAGAAAAAAAAAAUCAUUGAAAAAAUAUGGGUUUAAAUGGAUGGUGCUUGUUUUGUUUGAAUCUGAGUUGUAUAUCGCCUCUGUUAUGUUUAUGGAAAACAAAAAAGAUAUUGUGCAUGACGUGUUUAGCAGUCAUAAUGAUGUCCAUUUGUGAAAUGUGUAUCAAAUCAAAAAAUGAGAAAAAAAAUGAAGAAAAAAAUAAAUCCGUAGAUGCACUUAUUGUACAUGUGGUUAGUUUGGUAGGUUUGACUUCAAGUUCUUGACUGCCUUACCGAUGUUUGGGCAGGUGGCUCUGAAUGACAUUAGAAAAGAGUUGUGGGAGAAGACAUAAUGAAAAACAAUAAAGGAUUGUAGAAUAAUAUUGAACAAUUCUGAAAAUUGCAGUUCUUUUGAUGCUUGUGAUUAUUGAAAUGUACUUUAGAGAAAUUUCAUUGAAAAGAUAUGACUCUGACGUUAAUUCUGUAGAAUAGCAAUGUAUACCAAAUGUAAUCUUUCCAAUGCUAUGAAGAAUUUAUACAUGAAAUUGAUAUGCAAUAAAACCUGUGUGCUUUUUAAAUGACA